AGAAGGAAAAGGAGAUAGAGAAAGCAAGUCAAACUUCCAAUCCAAUUAUCCAAAGUCCAAACCUCACAAAAAAGCACUAAUCCUCGUCAUUUCCAAACCCCCAUGAUGAAGACUCCCAACAAAGCUUCAUCCUGCAGAUCAAUUAUGGUAUGGAUAUGUAUCACACUCUGUCUCAGCAUCAUCAAACUAGUUUCCUCCACCGACACUCUGAGACAAGGAGACACUCUGAACUCGACGUCUCAACUCGAUUCCCGCAACGGCCUCUUCACCUUACGCUUCUACACCCCUGAAGCCGAUCUGCUCUCAAACAACACUUACAUAGCAGUCGUGUUCAACCGCGGCCAGAACGCUCCUGUUGAUCACAAAGCAGUCUGGAUUGCCAACCGGGACGACCCUGUCUUUACAAACUCCACUCCCGUGCUGACCCUCGGUACCAGAGGCGACCUCACCAUCACCCGCGAUGGAGGCGAUCCCAUCUACAUCUACACCGUCCCAUCCCAAACCACUACAAAUAACAUAACCGCCACACUCACGGAUACAGGGAAUUUCAUACUUCUCUCAAAUGGUACUCAAGUGCUAUGGCAGAGCUAUGAUCACCCCACAGACACCCUUCUAUCAGGAAUGAAGCUAUCAGCAAACACCAAGAUCACUUCAUGGCUCACGCCGUCUAAUCCCGCGCCCGGCCCUUUCACUCUGGAGUGGGACCCGAAUCAAGGCGAGCUGGUCAUUAGACGGCGAGGGAUGGCCUACUGGAGGAGCGGACGCCUCGUGGACUAUGACUCCAACUAUUUUAAGAAUGUCAAGAUAUUCGAGAAUUUCUAUUCGGACAUUGAUCCUUUUAACUUCAACUAUAACUUAACCAGCGAAGGAGACUACUUCAUGUAUACAGUGAUCCAAGUUGAAGGGCUGACGAUGGACAGCCGGAAGGUUACUUCAGGGUGGCAGCUUGACGAGGUGGGGAACAUAACGACCAUCGAUGACAGGGGUAUCACCUUGGUUAUGGCCAGCGUUUGCUAUGGUUACAACUCUGGUGAUGAUUUAUACGACAAAGGGUGUGAGUUGUGGGAGCAGCCGAAGUGCUUGAAACAGCAUCAGGUGGUUGAUCUGAGGUCAGGAUACUUUACGCAUGCCAACAACACACCAGUGGGUCGAGCAUACGACAACAACGCAAACCUUAGCCUGAGUGACUGCAGGGAUGCCUGCUGGAAAUGGGAUGAUUGUGAAUGCGGGGGCUAUCAAGGAGGAGACGGCUACGGCUGCAGCUAUUGGAUUGGUAGAGAUUUGAAGUGGGUACAGGAUAAUUCAGGCAACUGGGAGAAGAGUUAUGUUAUUCAAUCUUCACCAAAAGCAAAAGCGAAGUAUAUAGGAAUAAUCCUGGGUGUAUUCAGUGCAAUUCUACUGCUUAUAUUGGCACUUGUUCUUUUGAUCAUGCGAAAUCGUAAGGCGAAAAGGGAGGAAGAAUUGCAAGAACUCCUCACACUGGAGGGAUACACAGGAAGUUACGAGCUCGAGAUCAAAGGAGCCAAUGGUCAUCAGCUUAAGCUUUUCACUUAUGCAUCCAUCAUAUCUGCCACUAACAACUUCUCCUCCAAAAACAAACUCGGAGAGGGCGGCUUUGGCCCUGUUUAUAAGGGCAGAACAAGAGAGGGCCAAGACAUAGCAGUGAAGCUUCUUUCGCAAAAGUCAGGACAAGGCUUGCUUGAGUUCAAAAAUGAGCUCAUACUCAUCUCUGAGCUCCAGCAUGUCAACCUUGUUAAGCUUAUAGGAUUUUGCAUUCACAAAGAUGACAAAAUGAUUAUAUAUGACUACAUGCCUAACAAAAGUCUGGAUUGCUUUCUCUUCAGUCCGUCCGGGAGGGAGCGGUUAGAUUGGGAGAAACGGUUCAACAUCAUUGAGGGGACUGCUCAAGGUCUUGUUUAUCUUCAUAAGCACUCUCGCCUCAAAAUCAUCCAUCGUGACAUGAAACCAAACAACAUUCUACUUGAUCAAAACAUGACUCCCAAGAUCUCUGAUUUCGGCCUUGCAAGAAUCUUCAAAGAAGACGCUAGUGAAGUCAACACAAAUAGACGCGUUGGGACUUAUGGCUACAUGGCCCCCGAGUAUGCAAUGCAAGGCAUAUUCUCGGUCAAAUCCGAUGUGUAUAGCUAUGGUGUUUUAGUACUUGAGAUUGUGAGCGGUAGGAGAAACGGAAGCUUCCAUGAGAUUGAAGGCCCUUUGAGCAUCGUGGAAUACGCGUGGGAGCUGUGGAGGAAAGAUGAUGCAUUGCAACUGAUGGAUCCAAUGUUGAGGGAGUCAUGUGUGUUAGAGCAGCUGCAGAAAUGCAUUCACAUUGGGCUUCUGUGUGUUGAAAAUCAUGCAGUGGAUCGACCAAACAUUGAAGAUGUUUUAUUCAUGCUCAAAAAUGAGACAGCAACUCUGCCAAUGCCCAAAAAUCCAUCAUUCAUCACAAGAAAUAGUGUGUUUCAACAAGUUGAUAAAGCUACACCACAGCAGUCAUCAGAAAAUCAAGUCACACUUUCUCAGAUGCAAGGAAGAUAGAACCAAGAAUAAUUUUCCAUUUUUUGGUGUAUUUUGUUCUUCAUCCAAAUAUUACAAUAUUAUUCCUUUUGUAAUAUGUCCAAAAAAACUUUCAGUUA